AUGGACUACGCCAGCCACACCAUCCUCCUCAGUGACCGGCAAUACCAGCGGCUGACCAUCUCAGUGCUGUUUCUCUACAGCAGAGACACUGAAGUGAAACCCCCCGUGUUGGAGAAAUUCAGAGGCACCAUGAGCCAGAUGGGACUUUCCAAGGAGCAGAUGAUCAUGCUGCCCAAAGGGUCCCCGGCGCUCGGCUCGCACACGGAGCACAGAGGUGGCGAGAGGCAGAGGCCGGAGGGUGAUGAAUGCGAUUCCCCGUGGGGUGCAGUGGGGAGGGGACUGGGUGCAGCCUGGGGGCUGUUGGUGGCGGUUGCACCCUCUGGUGAGCAGUUUAAUGCAGCGUCGUGUCCCCGGAGCCUGGACUGUGCCCUGCAGCGCCGGGAGUUCUGCCCGCCGGGGUCGGGCGCCUGCGGCCCCUGCCUGUCCCCCUUCCAGGAGGACGACCGCGGGCGAUGCGUCCAGAAGCAGCUCUCACCCAGCGGGCGGACAUCCAUUCCCAGCUUGGAGGAAGAAAUCGAUUUUCUGGCGGACGUGCUGGCCAGGCAAGAGGCUCCUCGCCCCCACCCACUGCGGGAUGGCAAGCCCAGGACCACCCCGGUUCCUGCCGGCAGCAGACAACGUGCGGCCAGUGGGCUGAGAGAGGGGCUUCUGCAGCGGGGUCCUGCCGGCAGCAAGGCAGCCACCACCCUCCCCACCUCCACCACCGCCGUGGUCCAGAAAUACCCGGUGGAGGCAUCCCCCAUCCCUUCAAAUGAUGACGUGGUGCUCGGGCUGAUCGUGGUGUGCACAGUGGCCGGGAUCUCGGCGCUGAUUGUGGCUGCGGUCUGCUGGUGCAGGCUGCAGAAGGAGGUCAGGCUGGCGCAGAAAGCAGACUACUCGGCACAGCGAGCGGCCAGCCCCCUGCCCUAUGACAAAAUCUCGCCUGGGGACAAGACGCUGGCUCAGAGUGCCCAGAUGUACCACUACCAGCACCAAAAGCAGCAGAUGCUCUCCAUGGAGAAGCAUAAAGAGGAGCCCAAGCUGCCGGACUCGGCAUCAUCCGACGAGGAGAACGAGGAUGGAGACUUCACCGUGUAUGAGUGCCCUGGGCUGGCUCCGACCGGAGAAAUGGAAGUGAGGAACCCGCUGUUUGACGACUCCUCUUUACACCCCUCCAACCCCAAGUCACACCAGUAACACCCCUCCUCUCCUCCGCCCAAGCUCGCUACGGACUGUAUGCCCAACGCCAAAGCCCAAUGGGGUGGUUGUGCCGGAGGGGCACCCGCAGCCGGGCGAAGGGGCGCAGACCCCGCUCUGCCAGGCUGUUUGAUGCCUGCCCAAUAAACACCCACUAACAGCUAUGGGAGGGGGGGAUCGCCCCCGUUUCCAGCGUCCUUGUCCUCUUUGCUGCUGUGAUCGCGUCCCUGCCUUGCCCUUCGCUCACUGCUCUCGAGGACACGCCAGCCCCGCGGUGGGGGCAGCCGCUGCCUUGGCACAGAAACUGGGGGGGCUGCAGCACUGUCUCUUUGCAUUUGGCUUUGAGGAG